AUGGAGUAUGCUUAUAACAAUAGCUACCACGACUCUAUUGAUAUGGCACCAUAUGAAGCCUUGUAUGGGCGAAAGUGUUGGUCCCCUAUUCAUUGGCACGAAGCCAGUGAAAGAAAAUUCUUGGGUACAGAGGAAGUGGACAAAGUUACUGAAGAUAUCAAGAAGAUUUGGGAGAUGCUGCAGACUUCCAUAGAUCGACAGCGCAAAUAUGUGGACCAACACCGAAGAUCCUUGGCAUUUGAAGCUAUAGAUAAGGUGCUCCUGAAGGUGACUCCAUGGAAGGGAGAUCUACAUUUUGGUAAGAAAGGAAAAUUAUGUCCAAGGUAUAUCCGACCUUUUGAGAUAGUGGAGAAAAUCGGCAUUGUAGCCCAUCGAUUAGCCCUCCCGCCUCCGUUGGCUCAAGUACAUGAUGUAUUCCAUAAAUCUAUGCUAAGAAAAUAUGUGGAAGACCUGAGCCAUGUACUUAGUUACGAACAGUUGGAGGUGGAUUUGAAACUGUGUUACGAGGAGAAACCAGUGAGGAUUCUAGAUUGUAAGGAUAAGGUGUUGCGUAAUAAGACUAUACCCUUCGUUAAAGUGUAG